GGAGACGGGGCUCGCCGGUUAUUGAUUCCGCCGACCUACGCGUACACGGCGACACAUGUUGACGUUCCCUGUGCGCGCUCCGAGUUCCGUGCGAUGACUUGAGACCGGACGGCGCUCGCCGUCUCUCGCUCUCUCUCUCUCUCUUUCUUCCUCAGCAGUCGCGUCUUCGGGCCGUUCACGCCGGCGGAGCCGUGUUCCUGUCCGCUCGCUCUCUCUUGUCUUCCGCGCGCGCGGAACGAUGUGCCGAUACGCGUCGUAGGUUAAGGUCCGUCCUGGGGCCAACGUCCGUCGGCUCGCCUUUCUUCUUCUUCCCCCCCCCUCGCCUCUGCCUUCCAUCCAGCAGCCGUUGAAUGAGACGCCGCAUCCGCGGCCGCACGAAGAUGGACAACGGAGCGACGGCCGCCGAGUGUCUCACCCUGGAUUUCGGCCCGUUCGAGACGGUGCACCGAUGGCAGCGCAUGCCGGAGUGCGACGAGUUCGUCGGCGCCAGACGCAGCAAGCACACCAUCGUGGCGUACAAGGAUGCCAUUUACGUGUUCGGCGGCGACAACGGCAAGAGGAUGCUCAACGACCUGCUGCGCUUCGACGUGAAGGAGAAGUCCUGGGGCAGAGCGUUCGCCACUGGCACCCCGCCCGCGCCCCGCUACCACCACUCGGCGGUGGUGCACGGCUCGUCGAUGUUCGUAUUCGGCGGCUACACCGGCGACAUACACUCCAACUCCAAUCUGAGUAAUAAGAACGAUCUGUUCGAGUAUCGCUUCCAGACCGCCCAGUGGAUAGAGUGGCGAUUCAUCGGAGUGACCCCGGUGCCAAGGUCUGCCCACAGCGCCGCUGUGUACGAUAAUAAGCUGUGGAUAUUCGCGGGCUACGAUGGCAACGCCAGGUUGAAUGAUAUGUGGACAAUCUCGUUAUUGCCCGGUGACUUCAAGACGUGGGAGGAGGUCGUCCAGGUCGGCGAGCGUCCACCGACGUGUUGCAAUUUCCCCGUCACGGUGGCCCGAGAGUCGAUGUUCGUUUUCAGCGGCCAGAGCGGGGCCAGAACGACCAACAGUCUCUUCCAGUUUCACUUCAAGGAGAGGCGGUGGACGCGCAUAUCGACGGAACACAUAUUACGUGGCGCACCGCCGCCGCCCGCGCGGCGAUACGGUCACACGAUGGUCAGUUUCGAUCGCCACCUUUACGUCUUCGGCGGCGCGGCCGACUCCGCCCUGUCCAAUGAUCUCCACUGCUACGAUCUCGACACGCAAACGUGGAACGUUAUCCUACCGUCCACCGACAGUCAGGUACCACCCGGUCGACUUUUCCACGCCGCCGCCGUAAUCGGAGACGCGAUGUUCAUUUUUGGGGGGACCGUGGACAACAAUAUACGCUCCGCCGAGAUGUACCGCUUCCAGUUCUCGUCGUAUCCCAAGUGCACGCUGCACGACGAUUUCGGGAGGCUGCUGAACACGGCUCUCAUCUGCGACGUGGAAUUCAUAGUGGGCGAGCUGGAGACCAAGAUACCGGCGCACAUAGCCAUGGUGGCGGCGCGCUCGCAGUUUCUCCGGGCGCGCAUUCGGCAAGCGCGCGAGAAGCUGGACAAGUACAUGGAACAAUUGCCCAAGGAGUCCAGUAAUAAAGUGCCACCACUGGAGGUGAGAUUACAAGACGCCGUGCCGGAGGCUUUCAAAAUGGUGCUAAACUACAUUUAUACUGAUCGCAUCGAUCCUACCAAGAGACCGGACGACAAAGCGGAGGACCCGCAGAGCAAUCGCAUCGUACUUCUCAUGAUGGACGUGUAUCGUCUCGCCGUGCAGUUCAAUAUGGAACGCUUGGAACAGCUGUGCGUCAACUACCUCGAGGCGACCAUAAGCCACGCCAACGUUUUGGAUGCGUUGCGCAACGCCGUGCACCUGAAGCUGUACUUCAUAAAAGAGUUUUGUCUCAGCUUCGUCGUCAAGGAGAACAAUUACAAUCAAAUCGUGAUGAGCCAGGAGUUCGAGACGCUGGAUCAGCCGCUGAUGGUGGAGAUCAUCAGGCGACGACAGAUGCCGCAAGUCAGAACUUUCACCAAGUACGAAUACGAAUCCGUCACCGGGACAAGCCUGGAGCAAGACAUGGAAGCGUUCCUGAAGAGCGUCGGUCGGGAAUUCUGUGACAUCACGUUGCGGCUGAACGGCGUGCCGAUACCGGCGCACAAGGCCAUCCUCGCAGCGCGGUGCAGCUACUUCGAGGCAAUGUUUCGAUCCUUCAUGCCUGAGAAUAAUAUGGUGAACAUACAAAUUGGCGAGAUGAUACCGUCGUCGGAAUCAUUCCACUCUUUGCUGAGGUACAUUUAUUUCGCGGACGUCUCGAUGCCGCCCGAGGAUUCUCUGUAUCUGUUCACCGCGCCAGUGUUCUACGGUUUCACGAAUAAUCGGCUCCAGGCGUUUUGCAAGCAGAACCUCGAGAUGAACGUCACCUUCGAGAACGUUAUACAGAUUUUGGAAGCAGCCGAUAGAAUGCAAGCUACCGACAUGAAGAAGUACGCCUUGACUCUGAUAGUUCAUCACUUUAGCAAGGUCUCCAGACUCCCAAGAUUAAGGCAAUUGGCCCGCGAGCUCUUGCUGGAUAUUCUCGAUGCUCUGGCUGACGAACGCAGCGAGGCCAGAACGUGUCAAGAUAUGACCGAUUGCUGACGGAUUUAUACCUCAGGUCGUCGUCCGGGCAGGCGGAAUUUAUCGUCGCCGUGCAGUUUCAAGGAACUGUGCCGGAUGAAUUUCAUCCUAAUAGGACGAACGGUUCUGUAUGUUGGCAACUGCUAUCUUGAUCGCGCGGCUAUAUCCAGCCUGACAUCGGACACGACGCCGACUCUACGGCCGUUAUCAGCGGCCGCGUCGUUCGCAUCGGUUCCAGACUUGCCGUCGGCGUGCAGCUCCGCUCGCCCGGUCGUGUCGCCUCGUAAUCACGACCUGAGGCAACACCAACGGUCUCAUAUCCAUCGUUGUUACGUCAGUUGCAACGUGUUGAGACGCACUGCCGUCGCUCUUUCGGAUCUUCGACGAAGAAAGCUGUUCCCAUAAUCGGAAUUAUGUUAACAGCAAACAUGAAACGGCGACGACUUUCGUCGAGCUGCGUCGUAGAGGUGUUCGUUGCACACUAUUAGUGCAUGAUAUGAUGUAAAACCGUGGGAAAGUCGAUGCAUAAUAUUACUGUAGUAAUUGUGUCCGUUCAUGUAACGGAAUAUUAGGUACAAUCUAUACCUAGGAGUACACGCGCCAAGGUAUCAUUUUCCAUAGAUAGAUACUUUGAUGUCACUUCCGAUAAUGGCAUAAUACGUUAUUGCGUAUAUCGUAACUAGCGAUUGUUAUACUGAUUUUGUGAUUUUUUUAAAUAUAUAGGGCGUUAGAAUUUGGGUAUAACAACAGAAAAUGGUAUUUCGGCAGAAAACCAAGUAACAAGAAUGCAUGCGACUUUUUAAAUUCGAGCCGUUGUUUUUUUUUAUUUUAGUAUAAAGGCCUAAAGUUUGGUCGACUGUGUGAUUGCAGAAUCUGUAAUCUCUGUGCUUUUUGUUGCUUCUGCUUUUAUACCCGAGUUUUGUGAUAUAUUAUAGCAUUUGGUUACAAUACCCCAAUGAGAUGCCACACCUCUUUAUCAACAAGCUUGUUGCAUUUUCAUGGGUUGUUAAUCGAUCUCAAUCGGCCUGUCUUCAAUUUGGAGAAAAUUGGAAAAUAUUGACGCUAUUAACCGCUCGAUCGUUCGAUACAAGCACUUGUGACGCUCAGUCCAUAAGGCACUAUUAAUUUGACAAUUUAUAGUCGUUCCGAUAUUUUACGAAACGCAGCAAAUUUCUUAAGCGAUAUAAAUUCUCGUUACAGGACAGUCUUCGUCUCAUUGUGGUGGCCAUGAUAAGCUUGUAUGUUUCCAUGUUUCUAUUAUAUACGUUGAAGAGUCUGUAAAAUAUGCAUGAAAUGUCUAUUUGUGUUAAAGAAAAACAACGUUGUUAUGACAUAUUUACAUGUAUUCGCGUUCGUCGUCGUUCCGUCGUCCUCUUAAUCGUUGAUCUUUUUGUAAUUAUAUAUGAGACAAGAAUAUUUUUAUGAGCUUUAAGUAUUAUACAAGUAGUACUAUACAGAUAAUUUUUAUUUUAUGCAGAUGAGAGAUUGGAGUGAUUGGUAAAGGUGAAUAUUGUGCGGAUGUAUUGUUGAAGAUGACAUAUUUUCCAGACGUUUCAAAGUUGUUGAUAUAAGAGAUAUUUAUAACUAAUGUGCGAGUAUAGAGAAAAAUUAAGUUGAUCUAGACUACCAAUCGGUGUGAGUCAAAUUAAAAAUUGCAAACGGCGCCUAUAUUUUCAUCGAAUGUAAGAUAAUAAAUUAAAUUAUACGUGCAAAAGGAAAA